AUGUCUAACGAAAUUGGUUACGAUCGCGAAAGAUUUGUAUAAGUAGAUGACUAAUUUGAAUGUUUGAUUUGCUCUACAAUUGUGCGUGAUCCAAAAGAAUGUAAUGGAUGUGGUCAUCUUUAUUGUAAAAAAUGUAUAGAAGACUGGCAAUAAAAAAGCAAAGAUUGUCCAAACAGAUGUUCUAUGGCCUAGCACUCAAUUACACCUAUUUCAAGAGCUUUAUAAAGAAUGUAUAAUAAUUUAGAAAUAAGAUGUAAAAAUUAAAAAUGUAACAAAAUUGUUAAACUCUGCGAUUUAGAAAAGCAUGAAUAAGAUUGCUGUAGUCCUAAUUGUAUAAAUUUUGAUAAUUGCUAAAAAAAAGUAAAUAAUUCUUUUAGCCCUAAAUAAAUCUGCAGCUUGGAAUGCGAAUUGCAUUAAGAAAUUCUCAAAGCAGUAAAAUAAACUGAAGUCUUAUAGCUCAUUUAAGACUACACAAAAAAAAUAUCAUCUAAUUCAUCCUCUGUACAAGUUUUACCCUCAUAAAUAAUCUAAGUUAAUGCACCCAUUCCUGGUUAAAUAAAUUCUAUUAUGUGGAGAUGGGACCCACAGUGUGCAGGUACAGGAAUAAGAAUUACAAAUAAUGGUACAAACUGUUUCCUUACAGAAUCUGCUUACAUGUUCAGAACAGUCUUGUCUGAUACACCAAUGACUACAGGUACUUACUAUUGGGAAAUUCAUGCUGAUGAUAAGACUGAAAAUGAACUUAAAAUAGGUGUUAGCAGCAAAAAAGAUUUUAACUACAAUAGUGCUUUUUGUGAUUUCGACUAUGGUUGGGCUUAUUAUGGACUAGGACAAUUAAGACAUGGAUCUAAUGCAUCUGGUCCUUAAUAUGGAAAAAGAUUUAAAAAGGAAGGUGUCCUUGGUAUUUAUUUGAAUAUGAAUAAAGGUACUCUCAGCUUUGCUCUUAACGGAGAAUUCUUUGGAGUUGCUUAUACAAAUGAUGCCUUAAAAAAAGGUCCUAUUUAUGCUGCAGUAUCUCUUCUCCAUCAAGCAGGUUGCACUAUAAAAUCAGGAAUUCAAACUCCAAAGUAUUUCUUAAACUGUUGA